CGCCGCCGGGGAAAAAGGCGAAAAUCUCGAUGUCAGCGCCACGUAUAGUCAUUGUAUUAUUGAAAACACAUUUCAUUAUUUGUGUUGCCUAUAAUAUUGGAAAAGGCAUUGUCGGCGACAUUGACCAGUGUAUGGUCCGUCUAUUCCGUUAUCUCUCCAUCUCCUCCCAGAAGUUGUGAAUAAAAUUAAUAAAAUUAAAUUUCAAUAUUAAAUUACAUCCGCAUUCUCAAUAGCGCCAGACGUACAAGUUCAAUGAAAUUGCAACAUUUGCCGCUUGAUAUUUAUUGUAAUAAAAAAGUAUGCCUUAGUUCAACCAGCUGACGGGGACACGUAACUUUCCUCGCCGCAUACGCGUGAGGAGCAGAAAAAUCGUUUUCGCCAAGAUUUAUAAGUUAUUUACCCUCUUGUUUUUGCUAGGAUCGUUUUUCUGGCGUGAAAUUUUAUUUGGCAUCGCUAUUGUGAGCAAUCGCCUUACUAACCUAAAACUAACUUCAUCCUUUUCGUCAUAUAAACUUUAUGCUGUAAAAGUGGAAAAUCCUUGCAAUGGGUGGAUUACUUAGUUAUUUUCGCAAUCUCCUUGGCAGUCGAGAGAUGAGAAUUUUAAUUUUAGGUCUAGAUGGUGCUGGUAAAACAACAAUUUUAUACAGAUUACAAGUUGGAGAAGUAGUAACUACAAUUCCUACCAUUGGGUUUAAUGUCGAACAAGUUACUUAUAAAAAUCUAAAGUUUCAAGUAUGGGAUCUCGGUGGUCAAACAAGUAUACGGCCUUAUUGGAGGUGUUAUUAUUCAAAUACAGAUGCUAUCAUUUAUGUCGUUGAUUCUGCUGAUAGAGAUAGAAUAGGCAUAUCCAAAGAUGAAUUGUUAUAUAUGUUGAGAGAGGACGAGCUACAAAAUGCGAUUCUGGUAGUUCUAGCCAAUAAACAGGACAUGCCUGGAUGUUUGAGUGUCGCGGAAGUUCACCAGGCGCUGGGCCUCGACGCCCUGAAGAAUCGAACAUUCCAAAUCUUCAAGACGUCGGCGAAGAAGGGCGAGGGUCUCGAUCAGGCCAUGGAUUGGCUGUCCAACGCGUUACAAGUUAAGAAAUGAUCGAGUGCUUGGUUUAAGGAUAUAUUAAGAAAACGAUUUUUGAAGUCGGUGACAAUGGAAGGACUAGUCUGGGUGGCUACUGCCGUGUAAAUCCAUCCAAAUUGGCUCGAUGACGUGGGACGAUACUUGUCUUGUGACUCUUGUGCUAAAGAAUUAAAAACAAACCAUAAAAUGCAACAUUAAUUAAAAUAAUAUGAGAAUCUAUUCCGAGAAAAAGUCUGAGAGAAAUAUACAAGUAAUUAAAUGUAUAUUUGAGUAAGUCCAGAUAACACUGUUGUCAGUGUUAGUAAUGCGAUUUGUAAUUACGCGUGACUCUGCUCCCCUUGUAUUUUUGCAAGAUUUUUUUCCAUAGACUAGUACUUUAACAUGAAAUUUCCAGAUAAAUAAAUAUAUCGUUGUAUAUUUAUUUAUUUGAGUGAAUGGUAGAGUAAAGUGUUUUAAAAGCCUACUUUUAUUACCGCUGUUCGCUGGUUCGAUGUUUAUCGUUUUUCUAACGAAGCUGCAGUUACUGCACAAAUUUCUUUAACAAAGGGAUCAUUUUUAUUACUACGUUUUAUAAGGAAUACCAGAGCUUGUGAAUGUUGUAUUAAAAAAAUUUACAAUUUAAUUAGCAAAAGCAUAAUUUUUAAUAAUGCAAUAAAAUUGCACGGAUACUGCAGAUUCAUCAGAAUAAUAUAAUUUAUACAAACUAAAAAAAAAAAAAAA